GCGCCGGGGGAGGAGUGGGACCCCGCUGGUCGGGAAGGGCUCAGGCUCCGGUAACUCGGGCUGGGCGGGGGAGAGGAAAGGGCGGGGCUGGGAGCCCCCCAGAGUGCGGGGUCGUGGCCUGGACCCGGCGCGGGAGCCCUAGACACGAUCAGCGCCGCUUCUUCGGCCAGCCGGCCCCGCCCGGUCCAGCGAUGGAGUUUCCGGACCUCGGGGCUCACUGUUCCGAGCCGAGCUGUCAGCGCUUGGAUUUUCUGCCGCUGAAGUGCGACGCCUGCUCGGGCAUCUUCUGCGCAGACCAUGUGGCCUACGCCCAGCAUCACUGUGGGUCUGCUUACCAAAAGGAUAUCCAGGUACCUGUAUGCCCACUCUGUAAUGUGCCUGUACCUGUGGCCAGAGGGGAGCCCCCUGACCGUGCUGUGGGGGAGCAUAUUGACCGAGACUGUCGCUCAGAUCCAGCACAGCAAAAACGUAAGAUCUUCACCAAUAAGUGUGAACGCUCUGGCUGCCGGCAGCGAGAAAUGAUGAAACUGACCUGUGAACGCUGUGGCCGAAACUUCUGCAUCAAGCACCGUCACCCACUGGACCAUGAUUGCUCUGGGGAGGGUCACCCAACCAGCCGGGCAGGACUUGCUGCCAUCUCCAGAGCACAAGCUUCUUCUACAAGCACCAUCCCCAGCCCGAGUCGGACAUUGCCUUCAUCUACCUCUCCCAGCAGAGCCACAACCCAGUCUCCAUCCCGGACAGCCCCUCCGGUGAUUGCUCUGCAGAAUGGCUUGAGUGAGGAUGAGGCUCUGCAACGAGCCCUAGAACUGUCCCUGGCAGAGACCAAACCCCAGGUCCCAAGUUCUCAGGAGGAAGAAGACUUAGCUUUAGCACAAGCACUAUCAGCAAGUGAGGCAGAAUACCAACGGCAGCAGGCGCAAAGUCGCACCUUGAAGCCGUCCAACUGCAGCCUGUGCUAGGGCCUUGGGCUUGGGGAGGGAGGCUCGGCUGAGGAGGACUGUGGCCCUCACACCUCUAGGGUACAGAGGGAGAGGAGGCUGGGAGCAGCCUGGAAGACUGAGGAGAAGGAGAAGAAACGGAGGCCCCCUCCAGGGAGCGUCAGGAGGAACAGCUGUGGAGCCCAGCCCACAGAAGGCCCCGCUGACCUCUCCAGCUGCAUAGGAGAGAGCGGCUAGAACCAUCCGGCGGCUGGGCCUCGGGGAAUGCCGGCCAGGCCCCGUUCAGCUCCCUGCAUCAUGUAAUCCCCCUUACACUGGGGCUGCCUCAUGCCGAGGGGACAAGGAGGGGCCUGCAAAGAAUAAAGGAUCUUGGCAGUCAA